CUCGGCCAGGGCCUGCUUCUCCUUGCCCGCGAUCUUCAUCGCCACGAUGUUCGCCGCCACGACCAAUGACCAGGCGAGCCUGCUUUCCCUGGCAACGAUCGAGUCUCGCUUUGCCAAUUCGGUCAUUCCCGAGCUGGACUUGGUCAACACUGGUCAGAACACCAUCCGAUCCGCCAUCGACAACCUCGAAUGGCUCAAGAGCCAACUCCUGCGGCAUCUCGACGCCGACGAAAGCGAACUUGGCUCAUUCCGGAGGCAAAAGACCCGCCUCUUGCUCGACAAGAUCGAUCAGGAAUGCGCGCUCUAUGAGCAAUUCGUCGGUGCCAACGCUGCGAACCUAACCCUGGAGCACAUCAUGAUGUCCGUGAACGACGAAGACGAUAGCGACGAUCUUGCUGAGGCAUCUUUCGACAUUCCAAUGGAGCUCUCCGACUCGGGAACCUCUGGCUUGAUUGUGACGGAGAGCGAAGGAGGCACGACCAGUGGGAUGCUCACUCCUUUGGCUGCCCACUCAAAGGCCGCGAACCGCUUGUCGAUAUCGUCGUUUGCGUCCCUCCCAUCCGUCACCUCGCUGCCGUCCUUCAUAUCCCAAGAGAGCCAGCCAACGCUGGGCCAGAGGUCGAUUCAAAUAUCGCCGGGUCCGCACGACUCUUGCCGGUGGACGUUCUUAUCCAAGAUAUCGAGUCAGCUGCUGGACUCAUUAUCGAAUCAUGGGGCAAUGACCUCAUUUGCAGUUGCUGGAGGAUUCGCUGUAGGAACCUCACGUGCCAAAGUUCUCCUCUUCGACUUCAACCAAGUGCUCCAGGGAAUUCUGGAAGAUCCUACUCACGCUGGCGACUACGGGGCUGUGACAGCUCUUGGCUUCAGCACCGACCAUCUCCAUCUUGCCGUCGGCUAUCAACACGGGUACAUCAUCGUAUGGGCGCUGCCUAAAAUGACGGUCUUGAGGACGAUUACACCCAUCACUAGACAAGAUGCCGCUGCCCUCGUGGCCUCUGGAAGCGUCCCGGCUAGCGGCCGGCGAGACGGCCAUGUCGAGGGCUCCGCCGUGACCAGCGUCACGUUUGUGAAUGGAAAAUGGGAUUUGAUCAGCGCCGACUAUCAGGGCUCAGUGUUUCUGCAUUCUAUCACGCGAGUGCUGCUCAUCAACACAGUUACAUCCACGCGGCUGCACGGAAGGCCGGAUGGUGUCCCUGGCUCGACCACCAUCUAUUCCUUGGCGGGUCUGCCUAUGACCAGGACCAAGUAUAUCACAGACAAGUUUGGACUGAUUGCCUUCACCACACCGUUCAAGAUGGCCAUCAUCAGCACCAAGCCCAAGCCCAAGUCCGAGUUCCGGAUCCUCUGGUCACACUCGCCCAGCAAGGAUGAGUCGGACUCGCACCCCAAGCACUCAUGCGUUGCUUGGUAUCCUGCCCUGAAGGAGAAGGACGACGCCAAGCCGCACGAGCCCACCUUGGCUUGCACUUUUGGAGGACACUUGUACAUCAUACGGGCUCGCGCGGCCCUGAUUCCCAAAUCGGGCUCAUCGCUGUCCGCCCCCAAGCCCAGCGCAGCCGAGAUCGAGUACGACGUGCUGAAGGAGUGGCAGAAUCCUAGCGGCGAUGAGUUUGUGGCCAUCCAAUGGAUCAAUUCGCAGCUGCUCGGCCUAUUGACGGCCACGGGGCUGCUCAUCGUCGAUGUUUACAACACCAAAACCAUCCAGCGCUCCAACAUAGAGCAUCUGCAGCCCUAUGCGCACCACCACAGCGCAGACCCGCAGAGCGGCAGGACGGGUUCGUCAUACACAGGCAGCUUCCGCAGCUACAAAGGCCGCGUGUUCAUUCUGGGAAGCAAUGGUCUGAACGCAGGUAGCCUCAUCCCAUGGAAGGACAGGCUCGAAACUCUGGCUCGUUGUGACAAGUUCCUGGACGCUAUCCAGCUGGCCAUCAAUUUCCAGACCAUCAAAAGCUCGGGCGAAGCAUCUGCAUUUGGCCUCCCGCUUGAUUCGUCCAGCCGCAAAGCUACCGUGUGGACAUAUGUCCAGGACGUCCUUUGGGACUGGGUCCGCCAAGGGCUCGCGGUGGAUCUCGGGGACGCAGCCGCCAAUGCCAAGUACCAUCGCGGACUGUGCGAAAAUUCCUUCAAGCUCUGUCAGACAAAUGGGGCCGAGGAGCUCAUCUACGGCCAACUGUACGAAGUAUUUCACGAAGCCGAUCGAGAUACCGUCUUCUUUGAGUGUCUCGAGCCCAAGAUCCUCAACGACGAUGUCCCUGCGUCCCUCGAUCCAGUGGUCAGCAAGCAGCUGGUCGAGAUCUUUGCGCGCCAAGGCUGGCUCGACCGCCUUGAGACCUUGAUUGUUCACCUGGAUCCACUUACGCUGGAUAUGGACCAGAUCAUCAUGACUGCAAAGGAUCACCGCCGCUAUCUACUGCUGGGCUAUGUCUACACCGCCGGUAUGAACGACUACGAAUCGCCGCUGCGCAUCAUGAUCGAGGCUCUCUCGAGCGAAAACCACGACGCAUGGACAACGCAAGAACGGGAGCGCACCCUGGCCAAUCUGUUUGUAUUCAUAUCGUACAGCCUUGGAGGGCGGUCGUUCCCCACGGGCGUGCCGCUGUCGGCAGACAAUGCCCGGACCGCCCACGAGACCAUCCUUGGAUUCCUCUUUCCCAAUCCUGAGGCCGAAGCACAGCAGCGACCCGCACAAGCAAAUGCAAAUGCAAAUGCAAACACCCACGCCGAGCUCAUAUCACUGCUCCGCUGGGAUGCCGAGGGAUUCCUGGGCGCGCUUGGCGAGGCCUUCAGAGGCACGACCCAGGACCCCGAUCCCGUUGUCGAGAUGCAAACCAAGCGGACGCUACAGUCUGUUUUUGCGGCUCUGACCGACAUCCAGCUUCAGAAGCCAGUCAACGUCAAUACCAUCGUCGUCAGCUGCUUCCUGGCUCGGUUUUAUCGGGAGCAUCACGAAGCCAUCGCAGCCAGUGAUCGCGAUCUCCUCGGCAUCUUCUCGUCCCUGUUGACACAGGCCAGGACACCGACACAGGCAUACAAGCCAGAAAGCUACAAGCGUCAGCAAGAAGUAGCGUUGGCGGCGCUGCUUGAAGUCUGGCAACCCACCGAGCAUCCGCUCGAGCACUACUUGCGGCAAUACCGAGAAUGCGAGUUCUGGCAGAUUUGCGAGCAGAUCUACCAGCAAUCGGAGCGCUACGACGAAGUCGUUCUCUGCUACCUCCUCGAUGAGUCCCGCAAGCAGGACACCUUCCGGAUCAUUGACGACAUGAUGACCGAGAACCAACGCAGGCCGACGCUGACGAUGCAACAGAAGUGGACCAUCAAGCAAACGGUCUUGACUCACUUUGACGCCCUGGUCGAGAUCUCGCCCGAGCGAUCUGCCCGCCUCGUGCAUCAAUACUGGCCCGAGGAGGUCGAGGAGCUGGUUGUGAAGCUCGCGUCCAAGCCGCAGGAGCAGUACAAGUUGAUGAAGGCCCUGGUGGAGUUUGCCGAGGCGCAGGAGUCGAGACUGGAGCAGCUCGGUGUGCCUCUUGUCCGGACGCCGUCCCGAAUCAGCGUGGUUGUCUACGAUUUGUAUAUCCGACGGCUCUGUGAAUUCGCGCCGUCGAGGCUGCUGGCCUUACUUCAGAGUCUUGAAGCGAAGGACUACACGUACGACACGGCGCUGUCGACGGCGCUCGCGGGUGGCAUUUUGGAUGCUGCACUCUGGCUUUACGAGCACCAUGGACAGCUUGACGAAGCAACCAAGCUUGUCGAGUCCGAGCUCGAAAAGAGUCUGGCUACUCUUGUGGCCUUUGUGAAAAGGGGACCGUCGGGAUCGCGUCUGCAGGACCAAGAGACACAAGCCCGACUGCUCGACCGCAUCGCCGUCACGCUCCAGAUGGGAUUCCGGCUGUGCGCCGCUAACCGCCAGUUCAUGACGGAGCACCAGAAGGAGAACGCCUGGUUCAGCUACCUGUCCCGGAUCGCCGACUGUCAGCAAGCGCUGGGCCGGCACUUGGACGGCGCCCAUCCGAUAACAGAUGCCCUCUCCAAAUCUCUGGAGCUGGUUGUUGCGACGCUCUCGAGCGACGUGUCGCCGCCAGCGAUCCUUAGGCGAAUCAUGGCCGAGUACUCGCAGCGGAACUUUGUGUACUUCCAUCCGAUCAUCAAGGCCAUGAUCCAGUAUGUUUCAUACGACAUCGAGACCUUUCGAGCGGCCAGUAGCAUUCUUGAUCGCGAUGUCCACUACCUCAAGCAAAGUAGCCUGAAAGCCCGAAGUGCGGGAGUGGCGCCAAGAGGAAGCCAGUGCGACCUGUGUCGGCGGUCGACGGCCCCUCCAACCUCAAGUUCCUCCAUCGAGCAGAUCAAAUCCGAAGCGACGGACGUGGCUCUGUUUGCCUGCCAGCAUCUAGUACACCUCCGAUGUCUCCCAGAGAACGAGGAUGUCUGUCCGGUGUGUUCCGAGAAGGACAGACUGGGCAUCGGCCAGUCCGAGCCACGGGCCAUAGCUCGCAAUGAGCUUACCGAACAACAGGUUGCCCAAAAAUACAACCUACUUGUUACCCGGGGACUGGAGCAGUAUCUAGAGUUCAUGAAUGCGUCGCCCAAUAUCUUUGGUCAGCAGUGAUAAAGGUAUUGUUGCCCUAUUGGUCCGUGACCAAGGUCAUCCCUGGACAAGCUGAAAGUGACCGCCCUGGCCUUCAAGCGCAUGGCAGCCGACGGCUUCGAUGCACGUAUGUGGAGCCAUCGAACGAUCCACUGUGCUCCUCCCCUUCUGCGCAACGAAAUGGAAUAGGACACCCUGUUUCGCAGCAGACCACCCGCCUAUUGUUCUUGGAAUGGAAAUACACACUUGCCCAUAUCCGCAAUGA